CAACGUAACCAUAGCACCCAGCGGUCUGAAACUCAGCCAGCAGCUUGGGACCUACUGCUGUCCUGUGGGAAAGUUAACCAAGACACACACAUACCACUGACAGUUGGAGCAAGAGGACCUAUUUGACUCCAUGAACUCGUCACAAAGGGAACCAUUGAGGAGACAGAACACAACUGUGGAGUGAUGGACACACUGGUUGGAAGCGGAGAAUGAAAGUUUGUUUUCUUUUAGAUUAAUAGCGUCUCUCUGUGGAUUGUUUAUCUUUGGAGGACUUGCAUCAGUGGCCAUGUGUGACUGAGAAACAGACUACAAGGUCAUUCACUGACCAGCACCCACUGGAGACUUUUUGUGUCUGUGACUGAGUUGGUGAGCAGGUGUUUUCUUUCGGAGAAGGGGAUCACGUCGCUAAUAUCGUCAUGAAUCUGACGCAGCGGCUCAAGAUGCUGAAACAUUUUGGCUCCGUCCCGCCGGAGCCUCCGCCGCCACUGUUGGUGGUGCCCAAACCCGGCAUGGAGGAGAUAACAAUAUGGGAGCAACACACAAUAACACUGGCCAAAGAUCCCAAACUGGGCUUUGGUUUUGCCCUAUCAGGAGGCAAGGACAAGCCUCACCCGGACAACGGGGACACGGCUGUGGUGGUGUCAGACGUGCUGCCAAAUGGACCCGCCAUGGGACGACUCUUCACCAAAGACCAGAUUGUCAUGGUAAAUGGAGUAUCUAUGGAGAAUGUUCACUCUAACUUCACCAUUCACACCCUCAAGUCUAGUGGCAAGACAGCAAACAUAACGGUGAAACGUCCUCGCAAGAUCCAGAUCCCCGCUACUACGAAACCGACUCGAGCAGCUUCCCACUCCAACCUCCUGGACCAGGACCCUCCCAGGCGAACACGACGCUACUCCGAUGCCAGCGACAACAGAGAUGGCGACCGCUUCCGCUAUCGCGCUCGCAGCACCACACCUGACCGUAAUGGACACGGAAACACACUGCCACUGAUGUCGUCUGGAUACAAGAGGCUACCGCAUAACAAUGCCGCAGAGACGCCAAUCAAAACUACAUUGGUUAAGAAGAAAGUCACAGAUGAGUAUGGAUUGAAGCUGGGUAGUCAGAUCUUCAUCAAGCACAUGACAGACACCGGUUUGGCUGCAAAGGAAGGCACGCUGCAGGAGGGAGACCUCAUCCUCAAGAUCAAUGGCAUGACGACUGAGAACCUAUCACUGCUGGAGACGAAACACCUGGUGGAGAAGAGCAGAGGCAAACUGACCAUGACAGUCCUCAGAGACGAACGCAAGUUCCUGGUCAGCAUCCCAGAGGUGGCCGACAGUACCCCCAACAGCGACAACGAACGUUACAAAGACAGCAGCUCUGAGCUGGAGGACAUUUCAGACAUUGACGAGGACAUGGCCCCUCGCAGAACAUCACGUCAACCCAACAGAGAGAAGCGGACGCGCAGACAAAGAGCUGAACCUCUACCAGUCAAGUCCCGGGAUUCAUCACCUGUGCGCUCCACAUUGUCUCGGCCUCCUGCAAAAACCUACGCCCCUCGCAGAGCCCCUUCUGAAUCAGAGUCUGACCGCAGCACCUCUCCACCUCUCGUCAGGAGACAAAGUCCAGAGAAAUACAAAACUCUGUCAGGAAUGUCCACCCUUCCCAACCCCCAAUCAUCCCCUGUACACCACAACUGGAGUGCCUCCUCUUCCUCACGGCCUCGCAGGCCCGUAUCCGAGUCAGACUCGGAUCGUAGUCCUUCGCCUCCUCCCAGAGACAGCUCCCGCAUGGACUCUAGAUAUAAAGUUCUCCCUGAUCUUCCUCUCGUAGGCUUGAGAUCUUCUCCCAUCAAUGUUCGCCAGGAGCCUCUACGACGGGUUAACUCACCAGUGAGAGUCCAGCCCCCAGAUUCUGAUUCUGAGUCGGACGACACGUCGGCGCCUCCUCAGAGGCACAGCACUUCGUACAGUCAGGAAUCUCUCAGCAGAUACAGAGUCCUGCCAUCUGUUUCUCUGGCGCCUCAGGUGGAGCCGCCACGAUGGAGCCCUGCCAACAACCCACCACAGAACGCCUCCACAGUUCACUCAGACUCUGAGUCAGAGGCCAGCUACAACGCUGUCCCCCGCAAGAACUCCACAGACAGCGAAGGCAAAGCCAAAAAUCGAUACAGAGUGCUGCCUGAGAAAUCCCCAUCAGUCGCUUUAAGUCAGAAGUCUUCUCGUCGCAAGCCAUCACCUGCCAGACCACCUGCAGAUGAUUCAGAUUCUUCUAAGUCAGAUCAGCUUUCACAUCUCAGGAGGUCUGGGAGCUCUGAGCGGGAGGAUAACCGCCCCAGAGUUUCUCGUACUACUAAUGGAACCGGCACCGUCAAGUCUGGGAUUUCUGUGAAGAGCAACCCACCACUCUACUCCAAGCCUGCGGAGGAGCCCAUCUAUUCCCUUCCUCCAGAUUCUUACCCGACAUCUAACCCGGGGUACAGCUCGGACGUGCACACGGUGUCGUUUGUGAAGGAGCGAAGUUUGGGUCUGAGGCUGGUGGGAGGAAAUGAUGUCGGUAUCUUUGUAGGCGGAGUUCAGCCAAACAGCCCUGCAUAUGAACAGGGAAUGAAAGAGGGAGACCAGAUCAUGCAGGUGAAUAACAUAGAUUUUGGUCAUUUCACACGAGAAGAAGCCGCCAACUUCCUCCUCAACAUCAGGACAGGAGAAGAGGUUGCGAUCCGAACCCAGAAUAAGAUGGACCUCUAUAAGAAGAUCAUCAAGUCCAAUCUGGGAGACAACUUCUACAUCCGCACUCACUUUGACCACGAGGCAGAAGGCCCUAUUGGUCUGAGCUUCACCCGAGGAGAGGUGUUCAGGGUGGUGGACACAAUGCACCGUGGGAAGAUAGGACACUGGCUGGCCAUCCGCAUGGGGAACGACCUGCACGAGAUGGACAAAGGCACCAUCCCCAACCAGGCCAGGGCGGAGAAUCUGGCCAGCCUGGAGCGGGCCCAGCGGGGGACUGGAGAGAGGCAGGUGACGGGGCCGAGAGCCGAGUUCUGGAAACUACGGGGUCUCAGAGGGAACAAAAAGAAUGAGAAGAACAACCGGCGGAGUCGUGACGACCUGCUGCAGCUCACCAUCCAGGGCAAAUUCCCAGCAUACGAGAGAGUCUUGCUCAGGGAAGCUAAUUUCAAACGGCCCAUUGUCAUUCUGGGUCCUCUUAAUGAUAUCGCCAUGGAAAAGCUGGCCACAGAGAUGCCUGAUGAAUACGAGGUGGCAGAGAUGGUUCCUCGCAGUGGGGCAUCAGAGAGCAGCUCCACAGUUAUUAAACUGGACACAGUGAGGAGAAUAGCAGAGAAGGACAAGCACCCUCUGCUGGACAUCACUCCUACUGCAGUGGAGAGGCUGAACUACAUCCAAUACCAUCCCAUGGUCAUCUUCUUAGACCCUCACAGCCGCAAGGACGUGAAGGCCAUGAGGCAGAGGUACAGCCCCAACUCCAAUAAGAGCUCCAGACGCCUUUACACACAGGCACUCAAGAUGAGGAAACACUGCAGCCACCUUUUCGCAGCACGUGUCGACCUGCAGCCCAGCUCCAAUGUUUGGUAUGAGACUCUAAAGGACAAGAUCCGCCACCAGCAGUCCAAACCUGUCUGGGUGUCAGAAGUCACGUUGGAGAGCGGUGGAGAACAGGAUCUAGAUGCUCUGGAUCAAACUCAGUCUGACUACCUCAGUGCUGCCAGUGACCUGGAGGACACAGACGGAGAGGCCUUCACAGACGGAGAGGCCUACACCGACAACGAGGAACUGGACGAGGCUUACCCCGGGCAGAAUGCAGCCGUGCGUCCCCGGGGCUCCAGGAUGGCUGGAUCUGCUUUAGCCCGGUCGUCUGAGCCGACCUACGGGCACCACAAUCCCGCUGUGGAGCCCGACGACCAUGAUGACCUGCGUUCUACCAGAGAUAUCCCUCCGCUGAUGGACGUCCCCGAGCCCAGGCUGCUCCACCAAGAGCAAUACAGCCCGCCUCAGAGCCCCGAUGAGGAGGAUGACCGCUCUCAUCGCAGUUUCACAGACUCAGACUUCAGCGCUCUCGAUGUAAUUGCACCAGCCACUCCUUCAGAUGGACCACCAGAUUUUAGAGCCCCCGACCCCUCCACUCGAAACGAGCCUUCGUAUGCUGAGGGGCAGGCAGAGAGCCCAGAACCUGCCAGCCUGUCCACUAUCGAAGACAGAUUACAGGAGGCUCGCAUGGCAGAACCACAGGCACAAGCUGACGCAAAGAAAGCUCCACAGUUAAUAGUGUUAGCACAUCACCACCAAGCAGUCCAGUACAGACGCACAAAGAUCCAAGGCAGCGACAGCUCCGAGGAAGAGGAAGAGGAAGAUGAGGCGGAGGACUUUGAGUGGGGUCCUGCUACUGAACUCUAGUGGAUCGAAGCUAAAGCGUGCCGAUGUCAGACGAAGACAUGGAAACAAGUCCACUCCUUCAGCAAACCUUUUUUUACUGAGUAUUUUAUAAUUUAUCUGAAUAGGCCAAGUUCGCAUGUGUCACAGAUGAGAACACUGAACGUCACUGCAACAUUUAACGACAGCUACGAAAUUUAACAUCACCAAAAAGAGUGACUGUUAAGAUCAACGUGCCUGAUUUCUCUUUGUUUUUUUAUUUAAGAACAGUAUGUGAAACAAAUCAUUCCACUCCUUUUUACUGCUGCUGUGAUAUACAGAUUCUAGUGUUAUUGGAAAUCAUAUCAAAUGAGUCUUUUCAUGGAAAAUACACAGAGCCACUUAUGAGAUAUUUUAAGUAAUUUUCCUUUAUUUUUUCUACAUUAAAAUGUUUUAAUUUCAUAAAUGCAUCUGUUUAAUAAAUAAAACCCUUCAAAAGACUUUAUUUUCACCUCAUUUCUGUAUACAAAAACAUUUUUUUAUUGUUAUAGAUGAAUAGAUACUUUAUUAAUCGCAAACUGUGGAACUUGACUGUUGCAGCAACGAUGUACAGACACUCGGCACAGCAUACAUAAUAACAAUGGACCAUGACCAUUUCAAAGCUGAAAUGUCUAAAUCUAAAAUGUGUGACCGCUUUGUGCCAGUUUCCUUUUACUUUCUUUUUAUGAGGUUUGUGUUCAACCCAUUGAUUCCCAGGAGGUGAUUUCAAUUUCAACAGUUAAUUUUCUGUUUUUGAUCGAAAUAAAUAAAUAAAGUCACUUUACACGGUU